AUUGGCUAAGCUGUAAUCAGAAUAAACCAUGUCUUAGAGAGAAACGGAAAGCGCUACUACUACUUUAGUAGAGGAUAAACUCCACUCACCAUGGACGGACUACUGGAAAUAAGAUUAUGACGGAGGAGCUGGGAAUGUUACACAUCCAAGCAACCAAGCAAGGUUCACUUCUCAUUGUUUCAUGCUGUAGUUGAAGCAAGGUGUUGAUAUAUUCAUUGCACAAUGGCUGAAAGCUCACAUGUCCCUAUUCUGGAAAUAAAGGAUGAAUUCGUAACAUGCGAGAUUUGCCUGGAUUAUUUCAACGAUGGAGAGAAAUGUCCGCGCAUUCUCCCGUGUCACCACUCGUUUUGUUGUCAGUGUUUAGUGUCACUCUGGAAGAAACCACAAGGAGUGACGUGUCCGAACUGUCGACAUGUGUGGCCUGUACGCAAUUCCAUCGAGGCGACAUUUCAACAAAACAAGGUACUGAGCAAUUUAGUUGAAUACAUUGCAUUGAAAAACAAAAGAGGCGAGAUAAAAUGUCACGACUGCCCCAAUGAAUCCACAGCAACGUCUCGCUGUAUUGACUGCCAGGAGUACAUGUGUAACGUAUGUGCAUCCUGCCACAACAAAUUCACAAUUUCAAAACACCACAAGACGGUUCUCAUAAAAGAACUGGUGAACAUGGCUCAAGAUGAGUACUUCCUGCAGAAAGAGAUGUGUACAAAUCACGAGAAUUCUAAGUUGGAGAUUUUUUGCAAGGCUUGCUCAACAGCCGUGUGUCCCACCUGUGUUCUUGUCUCCCAUAGAGACCACGAGAUUUGUAAUCUGAAAGAUGUUUAUAAUGAGAAAAAAGAAUUAAUCAAGAUUAGGUUUGAAAGAUUUACAGAUAUCAGGUGAGAAAUGCAAGACACAUUUGGAAAGCUUAGCAGUAAAUAACCAAACAUAAAUGUCACAGAACAAAAUAUUUUGAGCGACAUCGAUGAAAAGAGUAACAGAAUCAUUGCCAAAGUUAAGGAAAUCGCAACACACUUAAAAGAAGAUGUUACAUCAAAGGUUUCCCAACAAAAA